UUCGAGUGGCCCAGACGCCGGCGGGGCGGCCGAGGCUUCUGUGAGAGGGCGCUCGAGGCUGCCGAGAGCUAGCGAGCGAAGGAGGCGGGGAGGCGGCGUCUGCACUCGCUCGCCCGCUCGCUCGCUUGCUUCCCGGCGCCGCUGCGGGUCUGCACUGCACUUCCUGCUCGCGAGCCGCUCCGUUGCGCGCUCCCGGAGCAGCCGCCCCUCGGCUGGGUCCCGGCUCGGUUCCGGAGUUGUGCGAGCCGGCGACACCACGCGGGGGGGCGAGCCGGCGCCACACCUGUGGAGCCGGCGGCCGUCGGGGAGCCGGCCGGGGUCCCGCCGCGUGCGUGCUUUGGGCGGCGGGAGGCCGGGACCCCGGAGGAGGCGCGCCCUCCGGCUGGGCGCCGCGGGCACCAUGGGGCUCCCCGCGCUGGAGUUCAGCGACUGCUGCCUCGAUAGCCCGCACUUCCGAGAGACGCUCAAGUCGCACGAAGCCGAGCUGGACAAGACCAACAAAUUCAUCAAGGAGCUCAUCAAGGACGGGAAGUCACUCAUCAGCGCGCUCAAGAAUUUGUCUUCAGCGAAGCGGAAGUUUGCGGAUUCCUUAAAUGAAUUUAAAUUUCAGUGCAUAGGAGAUGCAGAAACAGAUGAUGAGAUGUGUAUAGCAAGGUCCUUGCAGGAGUUUGCCACUGUCCUCAGGAAUCUUGAAGAUGAACGGAUACGGAUGAUUGAGAAUGCCAGCGAGGUGCUUAUCACUCCCUUGGAGAAGUUUCGAAAGGAACAGAUCGGGGCUGCCAAGGAAGCUAAAAAGAAGUAUGACAAAGAGACAGAGAAGUAUUGUGGCAUCUUAGAAAAACACUUGAAUUUGUCUUCCAAAAAGAAAGAAUCUCAGCUUCAGGAGGAAUUCCCUUCUGGAUCCUUCAUCCCUGCCUUUGCAGAUUUUCAGAAUGAUGUCUCCUGUUUUUCCCCCUCCACUUGCAGUAUCAAUUGGCAAGCCCAGGCAGGGAGAAGCUUUGAGGUGUAUGGGGUGGUCAGGAGUAGCUGCAUCCCUCCGCAUAAGUGUUUUGGAUUUGCGCUACAGGAGAUCAAAGGCUUCCAGCUUAGUUGGGGAGAUAGCAAAUAUGGUAAGAUAACUGGAGUGCUUAGGUCAUGGAAUGUUGUGGGUAUUCACUCAGACAGGGCAUGGAAGGGCAUAGUGCCUGGCACACAAGUGGUGCUCUUUAAAUGUCAGCCAUUAUUAUUCUUUAUUUUAGACUUUAAACCAGUGUUGGGAGCUCAGCUACAGCUACAUAAUACCUCUUUGCAACCCGGUUAUGUGACCUUUGCCUUUCUUCCUUCAUUACAGCUGUUGGCCUUCCUGCAAGGACUCUUCACUUUCUAUCACCAUGGUUAUGAACUGGCCAAGGAUUUCGGCGACUUCAAGACACAGUUAACCAUUAGCAUACAGAACACAAGAAAUCGCUUUGAAGGCACUAGAUCAGAAGUGGAAUCACUGAUGAAAAAGAUGAAGGAGAAUCCCCUUGAGCACAAGACCAUCAGUCCCUACACCAUGGAGGGAUAUCUCUACGUGCAGGAGAAACGUCACUUUGGAACUUCUUGGGUGAAGCACUACUGUACAUAUCAACGGGAUUCCAAACAAAUCACCAUGGUACCAUUUGACCAAAAGUCAGGAGGAAAAGGGGGAGAAGAUGAAUCAGUUACCCUCAAAUCCUGCACACGGCGGAAAACAGACUCCAUUGAGAAGAGGUUUUGCUUUGAUGUGGAAGCAGUAGACAGGCCGGGGGUUAUCACCAUGCAAGCAUUGUCGGAAGAGGACCGGAGGCUCUGGAUGGAAGCCAUGGAUGGCCGGGAACCUGUCUACAACUCGAACAAAGACAGCCAGAGUGAAGGGACUGCGCAGUUGGACAGCAUUGGUUUCAGCAUAAUCAGGAAAUGCAUCCAUGCUGUGGAAACCAGAGGAAUCAACGAGCAAGGGCUAUACCGAAUUGUGGGGGUCAACUCCAGAGUGCAGAAGUUGCUGAGUGUCCUGAUGGACCCCAAGACUGCUUCUGAGACGGAAACAGAUAUCUGUGCUGAAUGGGAGAUAAAGACCAUCACUAGUGCUCUGAAGACCUACCUAAGAAUGCUUCCCGGACCGCUCAUGAUGUACCAGUUUCAAAGAAGUUUCAUCAAAGCAGCAAAACUAGAGAACCAGGAGUCUCGGGUCUCUGAAAUCCACAGCCUUGUUCAUCGGCUCCCCGAGAAAAAUCGGCAGAUGUUACAGCUGCUCAUGAACCACUUGGCAAAUGUUGCUAACAACCACAAGCAGAAUUUGAUGACGGUGGCAAACCUUGGCGUCGUGUUUGGACCCACUCUGCUGAGGCCUCAGGAAGAAACGGUAGCAGCCAUUAUGGACAUCAAAUUUCAGAACAUUGUCAUUGAGAUCCUAAUAGAAAACCAUGAAAAGAUAUUUAACACUGUGCCCGAGAUGCCUCUCACCAAUGCCCAGCUGCACCUGUCUCGGAAGAAGAGCAGCGACUCCAAGCCCCCGUCCUGCAGCGAGAGGCCCCUCACGCUCUUCCAUACCGUGCAGUCAACGGAGAAACAGGAACAAAGGAACAGCAUCAUCAACUCCAGUUUGGAAUCUGUCUCAUCAAAUCCAAACAGCAUCCUUAAUUCCAGCAGCAGCUUGCAGCCCAACAGGAACUCCAGUGACCCAGACCUGAAUGUGGUCAAACCCACCCGGCCCAACUCACUCCCCCCGAAUCCAAGCCCAACUUCACCCCUCUCGCCAUCUUGGCCCAUGUUCUCGGCGCCAUCCAGCCCUAUGCCCACCUCAUCCACGUCCAGCGACUCAUCCCCCGUCAGGUCUGUUGCAGGGUUUGUUUGGUUUUCUGUUGCUGCCGUUGUUCUCUCAUUGGCUUGGUCCUCUCUUCAUGCAGUGUUCAGCCUCCUCGUCAACUUUGUUCCCUGCCAUCCAAACCUGCACUUGCUUUUUGACAGGCCAGAAGAAGCGAUUCAUGAAGACUCCAGCACACCGUUCCGGAAGGCAAAAGCCUUGUAUGCCUGCAAAGCUGAACAUGACUCAGAGCUUUCGUUCACAGCAGGCACGGUCUUCGAUAAUGUUCACCCGUCUCAGGAGCCUGGCUGGUUGGAGGGGACUCUGAACGGAAAGACUGGCCUCAUCCCUGAGAACUACGUGGAGUUCCUCUAACCGUGGGCCCCAGCAGAACUGCUGAGCUUUACAUGGUAUCCAUGACAACUGCUGAUUCCAGUGUCAUAGGCCAUUUCUCUUUGCCACCGAGAAAUGCAGCGUGACUGACUCUGUUGCUGCCUGUCAACAUGAAUGUUUCUGUGAGCUCUGGUGUCACUCAUCUCCAUGAUCAUCUCAGCCAAUACUGAUCAAUACUGCAAGAAACAGAAGUCAAUCAGCAGAGGAGGCCAUCUGAUUUUGAUAACUGAAAGACUUGCAAAGCCGUUUUCUCAUGAGUAUCCUAAAUAGGGGGCACUCAUUUUGUUUCAGCGGUCCAAACGCCCAGCCUUCGGAAAGAGGAAGUCAGAUAGCAGUACCCCAGAACAUACCGCGUAGUUAAGUCUGAUGGGGCUGGAUGAAGAAAUUGGCGCUGAGAUCCAGGCUGGAUCAUUGCUUUUGUUUACAGUAGGCAUGCUCUCCACUCCACCUCUCAGUACUUGAGACCUACAUUGCUACAGGCAGCUAGGUCUGUUCGCAUGCAGGAUGAAGAGGGUUAAAGCACUGUUUAUGUAAGAUCCGAUCUCUCACCAUCUCUAAAGCAGCCGUUGGCCGUCAUCAGCAAGAUUCAGUCCAGUGUUCUCAUGCACAGGAAUACACACACCCUGUGUUUCUCCCUCCCAGGCUAGGAACCUCUCUGCCACCAAGGCUGCUAUCCAUCGCCUAGUAACCACAGCAACCCAACCUACUCUAAAACCAAACCAAAAAAAAAAAAAAAUCCUCUUUGCAUGACACGUUUUUUUUUUUCUCUCUCACCUUUUUGGUAUACUUUUUUGACUGGUUUUCUAACAACUUGAAGCAAAGAAUCAAGGAAUUAGGGUGGUCUGCUUGAGGUAGAUGGGAUAGUAGCUGGGACUCUUCCCUUUCUGAUGAAUUUCAGCAGCAUCAGGAUAUAUUUGGAGCACACUCUAGUAACCUCUUAAGAUUGAAUUACAUAGUCUUGAUGCUGCCUCCCCAUGGAUGAUGUCAUCUGACUGGUUCCUCCAUGUCCUCCCAUUCACCCAUCCCCACUCUCACCCUUGCCUGCCUCUAACCCACCACUGGCCCCCCCCUUGCCCUGCUAUGGGCUGCUGAACACUGGUGCUGUGGUGGUUUUCAAGGAUAAUUCCUAGGCUAACCUUACGGCCUGUAGCUUAAAAUGACGUCUAUGUUGACUGCCAUUCAGAAAAAGGGAAUUGUUUCUCAGUCUUUCAAGGCAUGAGACUAAUGUAGUUUAUUGUGAUUCAGGAAGAAACCAAAGGUUGGGGGGUGGGAUGGGUACCCUUUGAAUAAGGGAAUUUGCUGGUGAAAAGAGGCUGGGUCUUAUGAAGACUGCCUUGAGUGGGGAAGUUCUGCCUGGACAUUUCAAAUUCACUUGGCCUUCAAACAGCAGAGUCAUCCAUAUCUCCCGUAUGUGAAUGUCUUUGCAAGGGUGACGCUAGACAAACUACAAACCGAUGGACCAUCAGGCUCCCCAGGAGCCCCUUGGAUGGCAGCAUUGCUUCAGAGUGUUUCCUGUUUCUGGAAUUCCUUGUUAGGGAACUUUAAAGAAGAAAAGAAAAACUUGAAUUGUGUUGAAUUACUGUAUCUUUUACGUUUUUUUUUUUUUUUUUGAAAAGAUAAACUUGUAAAUAGAGUGAUUUGAAAUACUAUAUGGCAAAGUU